CGCAUGUUAUGCUGACGUCAGCCUAGUCACUAUUGAAAAUGGCGGAGCCGGAGUUGAAUGUUGACAGUCUGAUAUCUCGAUUACUUGAAGUCCGAGGAUGUCGCCCGGGGAAAACAGUUCAAAUGACAGAGGCUGAAGUAAGAGGCCUUUGCUUAAAAUCAAGAGAAAUAUUUUUAAGCCAGCCAAUCCUUUUGGAAUUGGAGGCUCCUCUUAAAAUUUGUGGCGAUAUUCAUGGUCAAUACACAGACCUACUGAGGUUAUUUGAAUAUGGAGGAUUUCCACCAGAGUCUAAUUAUCUAUUCCUUGGUGACUACGUGGAUAGGGGCAAGCAAUCCUUGGAGACUAUUUGUCUGUUAUUAGCAUACAAAAUUAAAUAUCCUGAGAACUUUUUCUUGUUAAGAGGAAAUCAUGAGUGUGCCAGCAUCAACAGGAUAUAUGGAUUCUAUGAUGAAUGUAAAAGAAGAUUUAAUGUCAGAUUAUGGAAAACGUUCACAGACUGCUUUAAUUGUUUACCUAUCGCUGCCAUUAUUGAUGAGAAAAUUUUCUGUUGCCAUGGAGGUUUGUCACCAGAUUUACAGACAAUGGAACAGAUCAGGCGUAUCAUGAGGCCAACAGAUGUUCCAGAUACAGGUUUAUUGUGCGACCUACUUUGGUCUGAUCCCGACAAGGAUGUACAGGGCUGGGGGGAGAAUGACAGAGGUGUGUCCUUCACAUUUGGUGCUGAUGUUGUUAGCAAGUUUCUUAACCGACACGACCUUGACUUAAUAUGUCGAGCACACCAGGUUGUUGAAGAUGGUUAUGAGUUCUUUGCCAAACGUCAGUUAGUAACUCUGUUCUCAGCACCAAACUAUUGUGGUGAAUUUGACAACGCUGGAGGCAUGAUGUCUGUGGAUGACUCUCUGAUGUGCUCUUUUCAGAUUUUGAAACCCUCUGAGAAGAAAGCCAAGUAUCAAUAUGGAGGACUCAAUUCCGGCCGACCAGUGACUCCCCCUCGAGGACCACAACAGCAAAAUAAGAACAAAAACAACAAAACCUAAGUGUCCAGAUCAGUGCCUUUUAGAAGUCUUCAGAAGUAGAUAAGUUUACUAUCUCCUUGUUUAGUUCACAGAUUUGAAGAAAAACUUGACAAAAUACAUUGUUUCUUUUAAUUACUAAGUUGUUGGACUGAACAUUUUGAGUCAAGGAUAUUGGAGGCUAAACACAAAGAAUACCUUUAUAUAUUUCAUAAUUUCAAUGUAGUCAAUACAAGACUCAUUUGUCUGCAGUAAACUUAUCUACUCCUGGCCAGUUUCCAGAAAUGUUUUAGAAAAGCUGAACUUUUGUAUAUUACAUCUAUCUGUAAUAUUAACACCCAACUUCAGCCACUCUAUUUCUCUUUAUUGAUGCUUUAGUCUUUCAUUACAUAAACUGGCUCCAGCCCUCAUUUCUACAGACGGCCCUUGAUACACCAGAACACCCAAUCAAAAACUGUAUCUUAGUAAUGCAAAAAAAAAAAAAAAAAAGACCUUGAAACUGUCUGGCCUUUUAUUGAAUGGAACAAAUAUGGCUCGUGACAUUUUUUCUUUCUUAUUAAAUGGAGAAAUAGAAAUAGAAUUCUAUGCAUCAACCUUUAAUUUGGCUUACAUGCAGUAAAAAAAAAAAAAAGCACUAUAAAUUUAAUCUCCAAACAUUGGUGUGCUCAUUAUUAUUUUGACAAUCAGAAGUUUUGCUUUCUUUCCCAUCUGUAACAAUUAUGUUGAGGCGAUGACGCAGAAUGUAUUAGUCUGUCUAUCUGAUUACUUAUAGUAUAUGCUUCAUUUAAUGACUAUGUUUGAUUACUGGCUGACAUUCAUUAGUUCAUACAUUUUGCCAUAUAAAUGUGGAUGUUAAUUGUUUAACAUUAACAUUUUUUUUUUGACAUUUUACUCAUAAGGUUUUAAUGUUGAUUUUUUUGUUAGAUUACUGUAAGUUUUCCAAAGACCAAAACUUUCCUAGGGCAAGUGAAGUAGAGUUCACUAGAAAGUCUGUAUUUCACUAGAAAGUCUAGUGAACCCCAGUUGCUGAGUAAAUAUCUUAUAGCUGGCACUUUCAUUGUGAUAUGGCCAUCACAACUUAUCUUGUACCAGUUCCCAUUCUUGACAUUGUGAAAUAAACCAGAAACAGCAUCUGAGAAACAUGCCAGUGAGUAAACCAUUGCAGCCUUUGUCAAUGCAAUGACAGUUUUAAGAUCAAACUUUUAAAAAAUUUCUUUAUAAUAAUUAGAAACAUUUGUUUAGUUUAUGUAAAAUGCAUUUAUCUUACAUGAUUUGACUGAUAUGAAUCUGUGACAUUAUAUUUAUACAAGCUUGAAAAUGUUAGGUUUAGAAAAUGAAAAAGAUACAUUUCAAAGCUUAGCUUCUAAGGAAAUCUUGAAACCAAAUAAACUGACCUGACAAUGUACAUACAUUUUUUAAAAUUUUAAACCUCCCUUUGAUUGUAAGCAAGAGAGAAAUUUAUUAUUUAUUUCAUCAACGAUCAAAAUACUUGAACCAGUGUAUAUAGGUGUGUGUUUGUGUGUGUCAUUUCUAGAGCCUGGUGUCUGACCUCCAUAGAACACAGGGCUUUUAAAUGAACAGGCACAAAUGACUAGUUUUGUCCCUUUUGAACGUUACAUCUCAUUGUAUUGUUGAAUAUUCAUCUUCUAAUGGAAUUGUCAUUUAUUAUUUAGCUUAGUAGAACUUACUGAAAAUUUUGGUCUUGUUUUGAUUUAUUAUUAUUAUUAUUAUUAUUAUUAUUAUUAAGCUUUGGGAACAACUAGAGGCAUUAGUUACUGCAGAUUGUUUUCAUAAUUUCCAUUGGCUAGGUUAACUGGUAAGGGAAUUUCAAACAUUAGCGCCCAUGCAUAAUUAGUACUUUUUUAAAGCUAAACAUUGAGUGUUAUCACAUGACAUGAUCCAGGAUUCAUAAUAGCUAUCAACUAUGCAACCUCACCUAGUUGUUCUUCCAUCAUCUUUUUGUUGUUGUUUCUGUUGCUCUGGAUGUUUAGUGAAAGGUUAAUGAUGCUGGCAGAAAUUGGUGUCAGAACUGGCAUGGAUGACUGUUGAUUGUUUGUCUUAACGUCUUUAAAUAUUUUUCUUUUUUAUUACAAAAGCCUCGCUAAAAAUUCUGUUUGCAAAGUAAAAAAAAAAAAUAAUAACUGGCUAGUUAUUAAGUGAUCACCAAAUAUAACUAUUGUUGGUUUCAUCCUUGUAUGUUUUUCUUGGUAUUAGUUUCUUUGUUUUUCUUGUUGGAGCAAAGCAAUGUAUAAGGAGUGCAUAUGGCACUACCCUAUAAACUUUUAUUUCAUACUAUAACUACUUACACAGCAUGUCUUCAUAGUGUGUACAAUGACUUGUGUAUUUCCAUGCUUGGCUCUGUAUCUGGGGAAGCAAUUUGUUGAUUAGGUCACAGUACCUUUGUUUUAUUAUUCUUGACAUUAUUCUGUUCUUUUCCUUUACUUUGUACAUCAACUCUUAAUGUACUUUGGUUGGUUGUUUUCUUGUCUUGUAAAAUUUGUACAGUUUUCAAAGUACUGUGAACUGCACAUGGUCGCCCAUCUAUAUUUUAUAGACUGUAGAUACUGAAACAUUAUUUGAUACAAUGCUUUUCUGUUUUAUUGGAAUUCAUUUUGCAUGUUUUGACUUCACUUGUGUGUGCUAUCAAUAUCAUGUAUAAUAAACUUUUAGCCAUACCUAA